UUAAAGAGACAUGACAAAGACUUAUCCUUCACAUUGGAAAUUGGAGUUCUAGCGUGACUGGUAUGAUACUUAUUGAAGGCCAUUCUUUAUUAUUAGAUAGAUUGAUGAAGUCAAGGUUAUGUGUAAAAAAUCAUGUAUACUUAGUUAACUGUACUAGCUUGUAUAAUGGGCAAUAUUUCUUCCUUCUUUUUUGGAAAAAUGGAUAUUAUGAUAAAUUAGUGUGUGCAGUAAAUAUGAAUUGAAUGUAAAUUCAAAUGCUGAAAGAUAUGUAUCUAUCUUAGUGAUAUUAAUGAGAAAAGCUCUUUUUUAUUCUUUUUAUCAUCUAGAGUGUACAGAUUAUCUUAAUCAUGUCGGGUCAUGGCAUCAUUCACGAAAGAUUCGGCAUUUAUAUUCUAUUUCUCUCUCAUGCUUUCUCUAUUUCCACAGUGAUGAAUCCAUUUUUGCUGUAAAAGUGGCUCCUUUGUCAGACGACGACAAGCGGAAGCAGCUUGAUCACGAAAUUUCAAUUUUAAGUCAAAUAAAACACAGGAACGUAGUGCGAUAUCUUGGCCAAGACAAGGAUUCUGAGAAGCUCUAUUUAUUCCUUGAGCUCAUGCCUUAUGGUUCACUCAAUACUCUUUAUGAGAAAAGAAGCUUGACAGAAUCGGAAGUCUCCAAAAUCACUAGGCAAAUUCUAAAUGGUUUAAAGUGUCUUCAUAGCAAGAAUGUGAUACACAGGGACAUUAAAUGCGCCAACAUACUGCUUGGCAAAGGUAAAUCCGCAAAACUUGCAGACUUUGGAUUCGCAAAGGACACUAAUAUGAGUGCCGCUAAAUCCCCAGUAGGAACUUCUUUGUAUAUGGCGCCUGAGGUUUGCACCUUCCGUUGCCUUUUUUUUAACGUACUAUCAUUGGCUGUAAAAGGCACAUUUCCUUUCCAUUUCUUUUUCGUCCUCCUCGGUUGUAACCGCAGGUCGUCGAGAGUGAAGACAAGGUUAGCUAUGGGUCGGCAGUUGAUAUUUGGAGCCUCGGAUGUACUGUUUUAGAGAUGUUAACCCGCAAGCCUCCAUAUCCUGACUCAGAUGAAUGGCAAGUAUAUUACAAAAGUAUGAAGGGUGUAUUUCCUGAAGUUCCCAAAGAUUUACCAGGAAAAGCUCGUGACUUCAUCGUCAAAUGCUUGCAAGUAAAACCCAGUGAUCGGCCUACCGCGGCGCAGCUGCUAGACGAUCCCUCUGUGAACCAGCCACCUACUUCUACUGGUUUUGCUUCACCUCACUUCAACAACAUGGACUCAUGAGGUUUUACUCGGCCACCAUCCCUUUACGGUUCAUUGCUCCGAAGGUCUUCUUUUCAGCACAUGGGAGGAAGACACUUUCGUCAACUUUACCACAUUUAUACUGUAUACUUCAAAAAUUCAUAACAUUUAGAGUCUAGUGUAAACUCUUAAAUUGG